AUGACGGAGAAGCUCGCGGCUGCGGCAGCUGCCUUUGGCCAAGGGAAGGCUUCCGAGGAGGCUCUGUGGUCCGAAGCCAGGUCCGCACUGCGCCAGUCCCCCGAAGCCUUGGAGCCUCUAUUGUCCCUGCGGCGGGGCAAGGAGCGCUUCACCAUACCUACGGAUGUGGCCAUGCUUUGUGUUCGCCAGGCUUUGACGCUGCUGGAGUCUCCCGUGGCUUCGAUGGCACCCCACGAUGUUCUCCACUUCCUGAGCCACGCGGUGGUCGAUGCAUCGCCGACCGCAUCCGAGGCGGAACACCUCGUCCAGGUGCUGUCCACCUCCACCUCCCAAUCACGAACGAUACAAACUUGUAGCCAAGGCCUGCUGUGUCUCCAGAAGAUAGUGGAGCUCCACCCCUCCGCCCUGCGGCAGCAGCCGGCCAAAGUUGCCACCGCCAUCACGUCAGCGCUGCACGUGUUGUCCGACACCUUGCAGCAGCAGCGCAAUCGAUCAGCGCGGUCCGUUCUGCGCGAGGCUGCUAGCCUUCUGACAGCACUACCGGCUUUGAUCGAGCAGGUUGGCCGGGAGCUGGAGCCCUCUGCACUGGUGAUCUUGGCAUGCUUGCAGCCGGUGGCGGUCGUGGGAGCACCUUACGUCCUCCCUGGCCGUCGUCCUGCUGCUGCUGCACCAGCGGGUCCACCUGGCUUGCCCUCUUCGGACUGCUCCUGGUCCGAGACGGAUGCCAUCAGCAGCGCGGUGGAAACGAAAAGUCGAGGCCAUCGCCACGAGAACACGGAUGGCACAACUGCGGCCAGUUCGUUGCAGGCCCAGUGCCGCACAGCUGCGCUUCGCGAUUUCGCCCACCUGUUCAAGCUUUGGCCGAAGGCCUUCUUCGGACGUUGGGCCCUCGUCCUCGACUUUCAAUCUGGCGAGGUCUGCCGUCCAACCGGCUCGACGCCACUGCCCAUGCUCCUGUCCAUUUGCCAGCAGGAUCCGGCACCGAAAGUCCGCUCCGCGGCCCUGGGUGCACUUUGCGCGCUGCUUGCAGCACCCAACGUCCGAAGUUGGCCAGUUCCCUUGGAGAGUCAGAAGGUGCAAAGUAGUGCGUCGCUGACUGGCCAGCUGGCGAUCACACUGCGGCAGGCGCAUGCCGUCGUCUUCGCGCUUCUCGGCGGUGGGCAGGCCGUUGACGUGCAGAACGCCCUGCGAGCCUGUGGUGAUCUUGCUGCUAGCACACCAUACACGAAACUCCAAAGCGGGUUGCUCUCGGAGAUGCUGCGGAAGCUGAUGGUCUUUGCCGAGGGUUUGAGCGUGCUCACCACCCUUGAGGAGGCGGUGCCCCCAGUGCUGUCCAGCACAAUUGCUGCCGUCUCUGCUGUUCUGAAACGAGACGACUGUGCCAGCGAGCUGAGUGCUUUCCUGUUCUGCGGGUCCUCGCCACACCUGCCGGCGAACGACUUCCUGAAGCACCUGCUCCACCUCAUGCAGCUUCCUGGGCCACCGUUGCCCAGCCAAGCAGCCGCGCCAGCCGCCAAAUCGGGCUCCCGGAAAGGCAAAGGUCGGGCUGCCAAGGAGGAGCCAGCAGCGGAAGCGCUUGAGGCGCCAAUCCUCCAGGAGUUGGCUUUGCUCGUCAGCCGCCUUGCCAGCUUCUCACCGCCGUCACUUCCGGACUCCACCGCAAAGCUGUUUGAGCAGCUGGUGUUCAGCCUCGUGACCCAGCGCAAUGCGAUGCUCCGCCUUCGGGGAUUUCGCUUCCUUGGCGAGCUUUCGUCCAUCGAAGGAGGCCCAGGCCACCCCUUCUCGGCAGAUUGGUGUGACCGGCUGGUCCAUCAUGUGCGCCUUUCUUGCACAGCUCCUGCCGAGCAGAACUCCUCGGUGCGGGCGGCCGCCAUAGGUGCCUUGCAGACGGUCCUCCGCAAUGCUGCCGCAUGCGACGGGAAGCUCAGGCCAGCGCUGCUGUCUGGUGCCAUGGUGUCGCUGCGACUUGGGCUUGGUGAUGCCAAUGCCUCGGUGCGCACGUCUGCCGUCCAGGCCUUGGCGGCGUUGGCACUGAACCUUCCCCAGGCAUCGUUGGAGACGUCGGGCGAUGGCGAUGAGGUGAUUCAGCUGGUUCUGCAUCUCACCACCGACGUUGCUGGUGAUGUCGCUGGGAGCAGGUUAGACAGGGCGCGGAGCGCCUUGCGCUGUGAUAGACAGGACAUGCUGAGUUUGAGCCGUGCGUGGCAAAUUUUCCUGUCGAUGUAA